AUGGCGGACAAUACGGUCGAUAUUGUCGAGGGGUGUCGGCUCCCAGUGCUCCGGAAAAAUCAGGAAAACGAAGACGAAUGGCCCUUGGCUGAAAUCCUCAGUGUGAAAGACGUCCCGGGGAAAAAAGUCUACUAUGUCCACUACAUUGACUUCAACAAGCGUUUGGAUGAAUGGGUGACCCCAGACAGACUAGACAUGAAAAAGAUUCAGUUUCCCAAGAAAGAAGCAAAGACGCCCUCUAAGAAUGGUCUGCCGGGAUCUCGGCCUAGUUCCCCUGACAGGGAUGUGAGGAAGAGUCUAGAUCUCAACCUUCAGUCUGCUUCUGCACCUUCCAGAGGCAAAACCCUCCCCACACCGAGGAGGAAAGCAGAGUCCGUCUCCCUGGCGACUCAGGUUUCCCCGGCGACACCGGUGCCUUCUCUCUCCAGCUCUGCAGAAGCCCCUCAGGCUUCUCUUUACCCCUCUGUGAGGGACACCACCACAUUUAACCUCAGUGUCAGCAGAGAAGAUCCCCAGCAUUCCCACACCACAAAUGGCACAGCUCGACGUCUUGUACCCUCCCAGCCGGGCAGAAAGAGAAAGCACUGCGGGGGACCCGAGGAGAUGAUAAAGGUUUUCCAGUUAAACAGCCAUCGAAGCCCCACUGCCCCUGUGCAGCCUGGAGAGGAUUCCCAGGACAGCUCGGACGGGAUUCCCUCCGCCCCGCGCAUGACGGGCAGCUUGGUUUCGGACCGUAGCCACGAUGACAUAGUGACGCGGAUGAAGAACAUAAGCUGCAUCGAGCUGGGUCGUCACCGGCUGAAGCCCUGGUACUUCUCACCCUACCCCCAGGAACUGACCUCCCUCCCCAUACUUUACCUGUGCGAGUUCUGCCUCAAGUACCUCAAGAGCCUCAAGUGUCUACAGAGGCAUCUGACAAAGUGUAACCUGCGGCAUCCGCCGGGUAAUGAGAUCUACCGCAAAGGAACCAUCUCAUUUUUUGAAAUCGACGGCAGGAAAAACAAGAUGUACUCCCAGAAUCUGUGUUUGUUGGCCAAGUGUUUCCUGGAUCAUAAGACCCUGUACUAUGACACAGACCCCUUCCUCUUCUACGUUAUGACAGAAUACGACCCCAAAGGCUUCCACAUCGUCGGCUACUUCUCUAAGGAGAAAGAGUCAACAGAAGAUUAUAAUGUGGCCUGUAUUCUAACACUGCCACCGUAUCAAAGGAGAGGCUAUGGCAAAUUACUCAUUGAGUUUAGUUAUGAGCUGUCGAAGGUGGAGGGGAAGACGGGCACCCCCGAGAAGCCUCUGUCUGACCUCGGCUUGCUCUCCUACCGUUCCUACUGGUCCCAGACCAUCCUGGAGAUCCUCAUGGACCUGAAAUCCGAGAAUGGAGAACAGCCUCAGAUCACCAUCAAUGAUAUUAGUGAAAUAACCAGCGUGAAGAAAGAGGACGUCAUAUCAACUCUUCAGUACCUCAAUCUCAUCAAUUAUUACAAGGGUCAGUACAUUCUCACGCUGUCCGAGGACAUAGUGGACGGCCACGAAAAAGCGAUGCAAAAGCGACGGUUGCGCAUAGACCCCAAAUGCCUCCAUUUCACACCCAAAGACUGGAGCAAGAGGGGCAAGUGGUAGAGACCGGUCUACCGCCUCCGGUCUACCGCCUGACCACCGGGUCCCGUUUCCACGACUCUUGUCGCCGACGGUGACGGACCGGGUCUUCCACGCAGGAGACCAAGUUAAGAUGUUAAGUAUCGGCAGAUGUCAUAAUCAGAUGUUAUUCAAGAUUCAGAAAUCUCUGAAGUUUGUGUUUGCUCAGUGAUUUUUAAACACCGUGUUCAAUGUAGCAUCCUUUAUGCCUGUAGUAUAUUAAUACAAUACAACAAAAAAAAAAAACGUGCCUCCUUUCAGGAUAGGUCAAGUUUUGGUAGUGUUUGUUUCCCCCUCCC